UCCGCUUGUAUUUCAUUUUAUUUUGUUGUUUUCUGAAAACUGAGAUGAAGCUAUUUCUCCCAUUGAAUUCACUGGGAGAAAGAAAGCUCUAGCUACCCAAGCUAUGGCUGUUCUGCAAAUUCUUAAAUCAACUGUCUCUCCUCCUUCAAUCUCUCAGCCGAAGUUUGGCUCUCAAUCAAGCCGGUUCUUCUCGGAGUUGGAUUCCACUAGGAGGUUUACACUGCUCCAUGGCCGUCGGAGGAGUUUGCGAUAUGGCUGCGUUCGUAGAAGGUUGAGUUUCCGUUGUGCUGCUCAGGAUUCUGAUAAGGAAAGCAACGGUGAAGAACCUCCAGAAUCAUUGUUCAUGAAGGAACUGAAGAAGAGAGGUAUAACUCCUACUUCCUUGCUUGAGGAUACUAGCAACACUGACUUUGGACUUGGUGGCGAGAUGAAGGGAGAAAACAGAGAUUUUUCCCGUAGAAGUGCUGUUUCAACUGAAGUUGACAAAAGCCUAUCCAAUCAAAGGGAGCGUUCCAUGCAAUUGAACAGUGAAGGCCUUGAGGGGUUGAUCCCUCGUGCUAAACUUUUGCUAACAAUUGGAGGAACGUUCUUCUUAGGAUUCUGGCCGUUGAUCGUCGUCACUGUUUCGUUCUUUUUUGCUUUAUACUUUUUUCUUGGACCAUCUUUUGUUCACGAUGGCACCAAAACGCCAAUAUCACCUCCACCGUACGUUGAUCCAUAUGCUCUUUUAGAAGACGAAAGAAUGUCACAAAUGGCUCCUCGGGUAAAUUGACGGACGCAUAAUCUCCUAAUUGGUUGGUUUUCUACUACUUUGUUUUCCCUUCCCAAUGUUAAUUGAUGUUCCUUACUAUUAUUAUUAAUAUAUCUAAAUGAUUAUUAGCUAGAAUUUUCUGGUU